AUGCAAACCGAGAGUACGUCGCGCCCAACUCUCGCGACACCUUCGAACGUUUGUAUUAAGGCUGCCACCAUUGCCGAACAAAAAGUCGUUAGCGCGUUUAGUUCUUCACUUAAUAUCUCUGAAUUGGAGCUCGAGGGGGUCACGCGACACACAUGAACGAGGAUGUUAACCUUUUAUUCUCGGAGCUAAACGAAGAUAUGUUGCUUGGAGUUUCGACGCACGCUCCUAGCUCAUUUGUCAAGACGUUUAGCAGCUAGCUCGUGUUAGCUUAGGUUAGCUGCCGUGCUGUGUUAAUCACGCCAACUUUGUUUAAUUAAUUGUAUCUGGAUUUGAUUUUGCCGCUACGCUGCAGGUGAUAUAUUAGUUUUUCCCGCACACAUCGGAGACCUAAGAGCUUCAGACGAUGCUGGCGACUGGAGCAGCUGUGACUAAUGUGACAGCUCUUGCCCAGGUGGACCGGGAGAAGAUCUACCAGUGGAUCAAUGAGCUCUCCAGUCCAGAGACCAGAGAGAACGCUUUGCUGGAGCUGAGCAAGAAACGUGAAUCGGUGCCAGACCUGGCUCCGAUGCUCUGGCACUCCUGUGGCACCAUUGCUGCUCUGUUGCAGGAGAUUGUGAACAUCUAUCCAUCUAUAAAUCCACCCACGCUGACGGCUCACCAGUCUAACCGAGUGUGCAAUGCCCUGGCACUUCUGCAGUGUGUCGCCUCGCACCCUGAAACACGGUCAGCUUUUCUCGCUGCUCACAUUCCUCUUUUCCUUUACCCCUUCCUGCACACUGUGAGCAAAACACGGCCAUUUGAGUACCUGCGACUCACCAGCCUUGGAGUCAUCGGUGCUUUGGUGAAAACAGAUGAACAAGAAGUGAUUAACUUCCUCCUCACCACUGAAAUCAUCCCGCUGUGUCUCCGUAUUAUGGAAUCAGGCAGUGAACUAUCCAAGACGGUUGCAACUUUCAUACUUCAGAAGAUUCUCUUGGAUGACACAGGGCUGGCAUACAUAUGUCAGACUUACGAACGUUUUUCCCAUGUGGCUAUGAUCCUUGGCAAAAUGGUGUUGCAGCUCUCAAAAGAACCAUCAGCACGUCUGCUGAAGCAUGUUGUUCGCUGCUACCUUCGCCUCUCAGAUAAUCUCAGAGCCAGAGAAGCCUUGCGUCAGUGUUUGCCCGACCAGCUGAAAGACAGCACCUUUGCUCAGGUGCUGAAGGACGACACCACCACCAAGCGCUGGCUUGCACAACUGGUCAAGAACCUGCAGGAAGGUCAAGUCACUGAUGCCAGAGGCAUCCCGCUGGCCCCACAGUGACAUGGACAAAGUGCGUGCCGACAGUGGACACAGAAGGACUGUGCACAAAAGUUUCAAAGUCUAGAUUUUGCGCUUGGCCAAAUGUGGUGCGAUAACACUGUCUGCAAACUAAAGGGACUUAAUAAAAGAGGAAGAUAUUUUGCUUUUGGAUGGAUGGAAAUCUUCAAAUGUGUGUCAUCACCUCCACUUGAGGCUGCUAUCACACCUGAAAGGCUUCUUAUUAAGACCCUGGCAGAUAUAGAUCCAUAAAUAGAUUUUCAAAGCUGAUACUGACAUUGGCUAGUAUUUGUGUUUGACAUAAAUGUGACAAAAGUUUGGCAAGAGACCUCAGACAUUGGUUGAUUUGUAUUAAGGUAUAACUGUGUAUGAUAUCUUGCAGCUUUACAAAACUAUUACAAAAAUUACAAUUCUUGGAACAGUUAUUUUCACUGAGAAUUAUAAAUAAUAAAAUGUAGUAAAAAUGCAGCCUAUGAAACAUGUUUUGCUGCAGUAGAUUGGAAUAUCUGCAUGUCUGUCAACAUUCAGGUCUGUACUUAUAUGAUUACGUUGGUGAGAUGUUGGUGAUAUCAACCCUAAAAUAUCACUCUCAACUUUGAACUUUUCACUUCACUGUGACUAGCAAAUACUUUUUAAUCUAUAAGACUUGCUUCUUUUUUUGCCACCAAAGCCUCUGGACUGAUGUAAUAUCUAGCAGUUUACAAACAGUGAAUGUGUUUCACUGUGCUUUGUUUUUACUGUUACUGUAUUUGGUGGCACAGUAAGAAAUCUCAGAAGCUGAUCAAACAUUUUCAUAAAUAAACAGUUUUUCACUCUAA